UCCUGUACCCUUUCUCAGUGCUCAAACUUGUUAAUGCUACUCUGUCCUCAAAAUCCUUCAGAACCUCUUCUGAUCAUAUUCCACCACUAAUGAGCGAAGAGCUCUGUCUGAUGCGUGUUUCUACUCAGAUUUAUUCCUGAAAGUCUGACUUCAGAACUAGGCUGCUGUGGUAAAAGAUUCCAGUGAGGCGUUACUGAAAUUUUCUGAACAAUAAGGUCAUUGGCUGAAGAAGGUGCGAAGGGGUUGAUUCAGGAGAGUUGAGUUCAGGCUUUUUUAUUGUCUUUCACUAGCUGUGUGGCCCCAGGCUGAUCCCAAAGUUGAGAAUGGAGGAUGAAUAUAAGCAAAUUCUGCUAAAUAAGGGCCUGGAAAACCUCACAGAUGAAGAUAUGAAGAAGUUUGUGUUCUUUAUUCCAAAACAGUUCACCAUUCCCAAGGGCAGGCUAAUCCCUGUAAACAGAGUAGGGGUAGCUCAGCUGAUGAUUGAAAAUGCCGGUGUAGUGCCUGCACUGAGGGAGGCCAUUAAAAUUUUCAAGAAAUUGGGCAACAAUUCCCUGGCAGAAUGUUGUAAGGAAGAGAAAAAGAAAGUUGAUGCUAAACACAAGAAAGUGAAAAGGGAAACAAAGUCCGUUAACAAGAAAAGUCAAGAUAAAAAGAUUCCUGGUGCUUCUGCAGCCAGUAGACAUAGUGCCACCAAGCAACCAGCUGCAUCCAAAGUCCUUCCUCAGAGCAAGAAAAUAAAACAAAAGGAUCCUACAGUACUUGACCCAAAUAGCAAAAGAAAGACGAUGAAAGUAUCAGUGACUGGAAAACAGAAGACAAAAAAACGUGAAGAAGAGAAUAAGCGUGGAUGUACAUCCUCCCAGUGGCUGAUCUUCCCCUCUUCCAGACCUGUCCUUAAUCUUCCUCAUGACCAUCCAGUGACGUCCAAGAAAUGCCUACAAGUGGAUUUAUGGACCCCCGUUCUCCAUCCAUUGAGUGCUUCAUUUUUCAUCGUGCUGGAGGAAGUUCCUGAAAUUCACACUUCAAAGGACAGGAUUCUGCUCUUCUUGUAGCAAGUGAUAGACCACAGAUUCUUUAGGUUUUUCAAGAAUAAAAACACCCAUUCAGAUAGCAUUACAUCAUCCCAAGUACAUUUUUAUGUGUGUAUAAGCAAGGGCAGGGAAUAUCUGUAAAUGCAUUUAUAUUGAUUACCUACAUUUGCCCAUUUUGAAGAGUCUACAUCCAAUAUCAAUCUCUUAUGGUUCUUAUCACUUACAGCAUUCACACAUCUGUCUCAUUAGAUGUCAUUUGUUCAUAAGAGUUGCGGAUAAAGGAGCCCUUCAAAAUUCCUACUUCUGGUGUAGUUUUUGGUUUAGAACACUCUCUGACUAUCCUUGGCAACUCAUUUAUAUUGGCAGGCUUAUAGAACCUAGCUAUGUAGAUAAAAACAAAACAUAUCACUAUCUAUCCAUAAAUUAGGAAAAAAAUCUUGUUACAAGCAUUGUAACAUCUUUACUCUGAUUGUAUAGGUGAUAUAUACACUUUACUCUGGUUGUGUGAAAGUUCUGAUUUUAUAUCCACUACGUUCAUGACCCUGGAAAAUAUUUAGUCUAGGAACUUCAGUUUCCUCAAAUGUAAAAAGGGAAAAACAAAAGCAUCCUGAUGUGAUGUUGCAAAAACUCAUGAGAUAAUGUGCACGAAGCACACAGGUUUCAGCAUCUACUCAAUACAUAAAAAUAUUAACAUGGUCAUUAUAAUUUUAUGCAAACCUAUGUAGGGGUUUAUAUUGCUGGUAUUCCACAAAUAUGUCAUGUUUUAUGUGGAUCCUCUUGAUGGAAACCGUGAAUAAAGGUCCCACAAGAAGUACUAUAUGGAAGAAGCUUCUCGAUUCACUCAUCAUUUACAGCAAUUUACUCUUACUGACAAGAAUAUCUUGCUUGUUUCAAAUCAAUUAAAUUAAAAAUAUUUCAUCACAGUAUCAGGAUCUGAUGUUUCAACUACUCUACACUCUUUGACUGGAAAAUAUUUAAAAAUGGUAAUUGAUUACUUGAUUUAUUCCCUCUAAGAUGAAUUCAUUCACUACCUCUGCCUUUUCCUGAAUCAUGGCUGAAUAUAUGUCCAGCUUCACAGAAGAUAUAGAAACAUAAACCAAAUAUAAUACUGGUCUGACUCUGGGUUAGACUCCAGAAACUAAAAAGAAUGCGUAGUGAAGGAGACAUAGUUGGAAAUAUCAUGAUGUAGAAGAAUAAGGAUUUCUUUCUCACCUAAUGGGACUGAUUGAUCAGGAAUUGAUUGAUUGAUCAGGGACACUGUUU